AUGACAAACCCAACUAUACUACUUCAGGGAUCAGUUUUUAAGGAGGAAUGUAACAAAUAUGUGAAAAAAUUAGCGGAAUUUGCUGUAGAAUAUUGUGGACUGAAAAGUUCCAAAAAUGUCAACAGAGUUGACCUAAAAAAGAGUCUUUUAAAUCUAACUAGAGGCAUAUCACUGACCGGUUUCGUAAAAUCCCUGUCAAUACAGGAUAAGAAGCACUUUCUAAAUUUUGUAUCUAUGGAAUGUCCAGUAACAUGUCCAAAUAAAAAGGUAAUUAUUCCGCCAAUAGAAUCUAUGCCAUGUAAUGUCAUGAAGUCUUGUAAGAAGCUACGCAACUUCUUCGGAGUCCCAGAACUUCAAGUUUGCAGAGGGUGCAUAAAGAAAAGUAGAUGCAGAAGAUAUCAGCAGAUAGAAAGGGAUAUACCAGAUUUAAGUGAUUUAGCAUCUGUCAUGAUCGGUGUACAUUCCAUUUGCAAAAUUCAUAUCGAUGGGAGUGACUUAGUCGUACCAGAGUUCGCUUUCAGGGAGUUGCCUUCCGUAAUAAAAAUGCUGGAUGCCCUAGGAAAAUAUUUUAAGGACAAUCCCACCGUAGUAGAAAUACCUAGAGGUGACGAAAAAGCGUGUAAUAGAGAACUCAAAAAAAGGAAGAAGCAGAAAGAAUUGGAAAAGUUAGAAACGUUAAAGGAGAAGAUAUUUAACAUUCCAAGGGGAUUCAAUAUUAUGCCUAAAGAAACCACAUACAUGGCAUCAUUCCAGAGGAAUUUGUAUAACAGUUUGCCGAAGAGAAAACAUAAAGAAAGUGACUAUGUUUGGGUACCAGAUAUAGGAGAUACCACAAUCAUUAAUCGAGAUAAUAAGUUGGAAAAGAUUAAUAAUGCAAAACUAGAGAGUGAUGCACCCUUUAUGAACGAUAGUAAAGAUAUAAAUGUGGGAAAAAUAGAGGAACUCGGCAUUAACGAUGUAGAAUUUAGAAUGGAGUAUUCCAAACCUAUAGGCAGUGAAGUAAAUAUCGUAAGAUACGAUGUAAUAAACGAUGAGUUCGUACAAGGGAUCAAAAUAAAUGCAAAUGGAAGAGUGAUAAUAGACUUGGACAAAAAUUUAGACGAAAAUAGAAGCCUGCCUAUCAAUGGACUUGAAAUGUAUAGAAUACCUUCUCCACAAAAAUUAGCUAUGUACGAAGGUUUUCUCAAAACCCUUCCAUCUAAAACACGAUCACUUUCAUUUUUAAAACGUGUACCAUAUAACUACAAAUGUCAAAGCUCAGGGGAAACAUUAAGGCAACCUGAAGAUACAACAAAAGAAGAUUUAGAAAAUUUAACGGAUAUAGCACUAGCUAUAAAUGCUAAGUAA